GUCCGCGCCUGUCCUACAUUGAAAUGAUUCCGGCGGAAGUUUAGUGGCGAGGCCCUGUCCAUAAAGAAACAAAGAAAUGGCGAGUGGAGUCGGGAGUGAGUAUUAUUUGUUAUUGUUUGCUAGCUUGCAAAUGUAGCUACAACGUAUACAUACAUUUCAAAUGUAAUGUACAAUAUGUUCGUAGCUAGCUGGCUUUAUACAUUAUAUUCGUCUAGUUAGCGGCGAGCGCCUGGCAAGCUAGCUAAAUUGCUAACUAACAAUGUGUUCCUAGCUACAGAGCACGCACCUUCCUAGCCGAAUAUGGUAAACAACAAAAACAAUUAUUGGGUUAGAUUACAUAGCCAGCUAAGUGGUGAUGUUAUGCUUUUCUAGCUAGCUAGCUCGAACCCUUCUUUGCAUUAACAACAACAUUGUAGCUUGCUGGCUGUGUAGCCGGUGUUUAGCUAACUAGCUAGCCUAGAUUUGCGCUCUGACCUAAGUUUGGUUCCCCCUUCGCAGCGACCUGUCAAAUCUAUCUUUCUCUCUAUUGCUAGCCUAAUAAUGGACUAAAGGAGCCUAACGUUACUCCUUGUAGUCCAAGGACCUUACAUGUUCUGUUUAGAGGCGAAAUGGCUCUGGCAGCCAAAUACUCCGUCUAAACGUCCAACCUGGACUUAGGGGUAGACGUAGCUCUUGAUCAUGACUCUCAGUUCGAUUACAUUACACAUAAGUCAUUUGCCCAAGGGGUCUUCUGUAGGGGUAAGUUUUGUUAAGAGCCAGGAGGCUCAGUCUGAACAUGAACAUGAAUUGAUUCUCAAUUGCGGUACAGUUCUAGAAACAUAAAUCCCUCUACUUUCAUAUCACAUCUAAAUCAUUUGAAAAUACACACUGUUUUAACACAGUUGCAGUCGACAGUAUUUUUCAGUGACAACACGUUGGUGGCGUCUGUCUUCCGUUUGUAGAGGCAGAUAGAUAAUUAGCACAGGUAGUCGACAGUCUUCCAUCUGUUUGCUGUAACAUGGAACUAUGGCAGUGUGGGAACCCUAAUAAUAUAAAGGUGUGUUGUAAUUUAACCUUUUGUUUUUAGAAAAUUAUUUAUCGCCGAUAUGAAAGAUACGUUCCUUAUGUUUCCAAAGCCGUACCACAAGCGAUGCGUGUUAACGUUUAGAGCAAGCGUCUCUUAAAGGGAUAAUCCACCCCCAGAAAUAAAAAUCAUGAAACUCCUAAGUCAAUUUGGUGAAAGCUAACAGUGCCUUCAGAAAAUAUUCACACCCAUUUGACUUUUUCCACAUUUUGUUGUGUUACAAGGUGGGAUUGAAAUUGAUUUCAUUGCCAUUUUUUGUCAAUGAUCUGCACAAAAUACUCUGUCAAAGUGGAAGAAAAAUUUGAACAUUUGUAUAACAUUUAUGAAAAAUUAAACACUAAUAUCUUGAUUACAUAAGUAUUCAACCCCCUGAGUCAAUACAUGUUAGAAUCACCUUUGGCAGUGAUUACAGCUGUGAGUCUUUCUGGGUACGUCACUAAGAGCUUUGCACACCUGGAUUGUACAAUAUUUGCACAUUAUUCUUUAGACAAAUCUUCAAGCUCUGUCAAAUGUGUUGUUGAUCACAGCCAUUUUCAAGUCUUGCCAUAGAUUUUCAAGCAGAUUUAAGUCAAAACUGUAACUAGGCCACUCAAGAACAUUCAAUGUUGUCUUGGUAAGCAACUCCAAUGUAUUUUUGGCCUUGUGUUUUAGGUUAUUGUCCUGCUGAAAGGUGAAUUUGUUUCCCAGUGUCUUUUGGAAAGCAGACUGAAUGAAGAUUUUCCUCUAAGAUUUUGCCUGUGCUUAGCUCUAUUUAUUUAUUUUUAUUUUAAAAACUCCCUAGUCCUUGCCGAUGACAAGCAUACCCAUAACAUGAUACAGCCACCACCAUGCUUGAAAAUAUGAAGAGUGGUACUCAGUGGCGUGUUUUGUUGGAUUUGCCCCAAACAUAACGCUUUGUAUUCAGGACACCAAGUGAAUUUCUUUGCCACAUUUUUAGCAGUUUUACUUUAGUGCCUAUUCUGUGCAGGCUUCCUUCUUUUCACUUUCAUUUAGGUUAGUAUUGUGGAUUAACUACAAUGUUGUUGGUCCAUCCUCAGUUUUCUUCUAUCACAGCCAUUAAACUCUUUAAAGUCACCAUUGGCCUCAUGGUGAAAUCCCUGAGCGGUUUCCUUCCUCUCCGGCAACUAAGUUAGGAAGGACGCCUGCAUCUUUGUAUUGAUACACAAUCCAAAGUGUAAUUAAUGACUUCACCAUGCUAAAAAAUAAUGAGGUAGUCAUUCAAAAAUAAUGUUAAAACAUGAUUAUUGCACACAGUGAGUCCAUGCAACUUAUGUGACUUGUUAAGCAAAUUAUUACUCCUGAACGUUAGGCUUGCCGUAACAAAGGGGUAGAAUGCUUGUUGACCCAAGACAUUUCAGCUUUUCAUUUUUUAUUAAUUUGUAAACAUUUCUAAAAACGUAAUUCCACUUUGACAUUAUGGGGUAUUAUUUGUAGGCCAGUGACACAAAAUCUCAAUUUAAUCCAUUUUAAAUUCAGGCUGCAACACAACAAAAUGUGGAAAAAGUCACGGGGCUGAAUACUUUCUGAAGGCACUGUAUGUUCUAUCAGUGGGUCAAAUAAACAUAAAUCCCCAUGUUUUAACUUUUAAGUGGUCCGGAAAUCGUGUAGGAACGCGUCAUAGCUACAUAAACUCGUCACUGGAGAUAGGGGAUAACACGCUCACAUUUUCAUAACUCUUUUAAAACAAUUACCUGCACUCCAGAUCGCCAAAUCAGCCAGUACAUGAUAUGGGCAUACUUGUCUAGAACACAUCCAUCUGUUUAUAUCGUCGUGACAAAGUAUAUAUUUCACUUAGAUGUGCUCAAUCUAGACAGUGUACCAAAUUAUUCAACUCUGUUUCUGUGUUUGUGGGAAACAAAGAUAUUACAGAAAGGAUGAGAUAGGUAUCCCAUUGGGUCAAUAAAUGGAGCAACGCCCCACCCACCUGACUGUCGACCCAUCGUAUUCACGUUGUCAUGCUGCUUCACGCGGUUGCUAAGCUAAUCGUCACACAAUCCCUUCUCAAAGUCAGGGUACCUGCCUAUUUUCCUCGAAAGUACGUAAUGUCACGAUUCCAAAGCUAUACGAUAUUACAGGGAACACGUUAAUUAUCUCACAUUUUGGAAAAUAUUUACAAUGUUGUACUUCUUGUUCGCGGAAUUCAUGCUAAUGUUCGGUUUUUGAGCUAGCGCAAGAUUGAUUCCCAUUCACUCCUUGAAGGAGUACACAAUGGCCGUUAAUACGAUUUCUAAUAGAGUUUCCCAUCUCCUCAAAAGUAUCUCUGUGUGAAAGAAAUGUGCUCUGGGCAGAGACGAACUGCAUAUUGAACUCUUGUGAGAGACUCAUAAAUUGAUAGUGCAGUUUGUUUAGCCGACUUUAUAGCUAGCUAGCUACUCCACAUGCUGAUAUUGACUUUGAUAUUGUUGUGUGUAGCUAGGUUUUCAAGCUAGCUAGCCAGCCAGCCCAAAGAGAGCGCAUUGCAUUGUGGGUUUUGUAGUAGACUUGAGCUGCAACAUAUUUCCCAAAACGUUUUUCACGUUUCUACCAACCUUGUCAUAACGACAAAAUGAAACAUUUGUUCACAAAAAUGGUUUUCACAUAUGAGUGUUAUUUAACACUGUUAAUCAUAGGAAUUAGUGGUUUGGGUUGGAUUUAUCCCAUUAACAAAACUCCCCCUGCCAGAAGAUACUAUCUUCAAUAGGAGCUAAAGGUAGUUAGCGUCUAUGAAUGGGCAAUUGCUAACCUACCUCUUCCAAACUUCAUAAUUUCCUUAUCUCUGUCUUUAUGUGUAGAACACAAGAUGCUUUCCGCUGGCCCGACGGAACCGUGGUCAUUGAGGGAGAAACUAUGCCUAGCCUCCUCUGUUAUGAGGAGCGGAGACCAAAACUGGUAAAGAAACACACACUACCAACGUUUUCCCCAGUCUUUCACUCUGUCUGCAUCUACAUGUUUUUAUUUCUCUAGUGUGCAUAGUAAACUGUUCUACAUGGUCAUUUUUUGUACACUACUUGAUUGUCCUCCUACCUUUCAGGGUGUCGGUCAGCAGAGCCAUCAAGCCUUUCUCAGAGCAAGGCCGCCCAGCAGACUGGUUUUCUCAGAAGGUAAGACAUUACAUUUACAUUUUAGUCAUUUAGCAGACGCUCUUAUCCAGAGCGACUUACAGGAGCAAUUAGGGUUAAGUGCCUUGCUCAAGGGCACAUUUACGUCAUUUAGCAGACGCUCUUAUCCAGAGCGACUCACAAAUUGGUGCAUUCACCCUAUAGCCAGUGGGAUAACCACUUUACAAAAUUUUUUUUUGGGGGGGGGUAGAAGGAUUACUUUAUCCUAUCCCAGGUAUUCCUUAAAGAGGUGGGGUUUCAAAUGUCUCCGGAAGGUGGUGAGUGACUCCGCUGUCCUGGCGUCGUGAGGGAGCUUGUUCCACCAUUGGGGUGCCAGAGCAGCGAACAGUUUUGACUGGGCUGAGCGGGAACUAUGCUUCCGCAGAGGAAGGGGAGCCAGCAGGCCAGAGGUGGAUGAACGCAAUGCCCUCGUUUGGGUGUAGGGACUGAUCAGAGCCCGAAGGUACAGAGGUGCCGUUCCCCUCACUGCUCCAUAGGCAAGCACCAUGGUCUUGUAACGGAUGCGAGCUUCAACUGGAAGCCAGUGGAGUGUGCGGAGGAGGGGGGUGACGUGAGAGAACUUGGGAAGGUUGAACACCAGACGGGCUGCGGCGUUCUGGAUGAGUUGUAGGGGUUUAAUGGCACAGGCAGGGAGGCCAGCCAACAGCGAGUUGCAGUAAUCCAGACGGGAGAUGACAAGUGCCUGGAUUAGGACCUGUGCCGCUUCCUGUGUAAGGCAGGGUCGUACUCUCCGAAUGUUGUAGAGCAUGAACCUGCAGGAGCGGGUCACCGCCUUGAUGUUAGCGGAGAACGACAGGGUGUUGUCCAGGGUCACGCCAAGGCUCUUCGCACUCUGGGAGGAGGACACAACGGAGUUGUCAACCGUGAUGGCGAGAUCAUGGAACGGGCAGUCCUUCCCCGGGAGGAAGUGCAGCUCCGUCUUGCCAGGGUUCAGCUUGAGGUGGUGAUCCGUCAUCCAUACUGAUAUGUCUGCCAGACAUGCAGAGAUGCGAUAACCUGGUUAUCAGAAGGGGGAAAGGAGAAGAUUAGUUGUGUAUCGUCAGUGUAGCAAUGAUAGGAGAGGCCAUGUGAGGAUAUGACAGAGCCAAGUGACUUGGUGUAUAGGGAGAAAAGGAGAGGGCCUAGAACUGAGCCCUGGGGGACACCAGUGGUGAGAGCACGUGGUGCGGAGACAGCUUCUCGCCACGCCACUUGGUAGGAGCGACCGGUCAGGUAGGACGCAAUCCAGGAGUGAGCCGCGCCGGAGAUGCCCAGCUCGGAGAGGGUGGAGAGGAGGAUCUGAUGGUUCACAGUAUCAAAGGCAGCAGACAGGUCUAGAAGGACAAGAGCAGAGGAGAGAGAGUUAGCUUUAGCAGUAAGAGACAGACACGCUGUGACACAACAAUUAAUCUCUGUCAUGAUGAACAAGGAUAAAAGGUCAGCUACUAUAUAUACAGUAUGUGGACACCUGCUCGUCGAACAUCUCAUUCCAAAAUCAUUGGCAUUAAUAUGGAGUUGGUCCCCCCUUUGCUGCUAUAACAGCCUCCACUCUUCUGGGAAGGCUUUCCACUAGAUGUUAGAACAUUGCUGUGGGGACGUUCUUCCUUUCAGCCACGAGAGCAUUAGUGAGGUUGGGCGAUUAGGCCUGGCUCGCAGUCGGCGUUCCAAUUCAUCCCAAAGGUGUUCGAUGGGGUUGAGGUCGGGCUCUGUGCAGGCCAGUCAAGUUCUUCCACACCAGUCAAGUUCUUCCACACCGAUCUCAACAAACCAUUUCUGUAUGGACCUCGCUUUGUGCACGGGGGCAUUGUCAUGCUAAAACAGAAUUGUCUAGAAUGUCAUUUUAUGCUGUAGCAUUAAGAUUUCCCUUUACUGGAACUAAGGGGCCUAGCCCGAACCAUGAAAAACAGCCCCAGACCAUUAUUCUUCUUCCACCAAACUUUACAGUUGGCACUAUGCAUUCGGCAGGUAGCGUUCUCCUGGCAUCCACCAAACCCAGAUUUGUCCGUCGGACUGCCAGAUAGUGCAGCGUGAUUAAUCACGCCAGAGAACGCUUUUCUACUGCUCCAGAGUCCAAUGGCGGGAAGCUUUACAGCACUCCAGCCGACGCUUGGCAUUGCACAUGGUGAUCUUAGGCUUGUGUGCGGCUGCUCGGCCAUGGAAACCCAUUUCAUGAAGCUCCCGAUGAACAGUUCUUGUGCUGAUUUUGCUUCCAGAGGCAGUUUGGAACUCAGUAGUGAGUGUUGCAACCGAGGACAGGCGAUUUUUACGCACUCAGCUGUCAUUAUCUGUGAGCUUGUGUGGCCUACCACUUCGCGGCUGAGCUGUUGUUGCUCCUAGACGUUUCCAAUUCACAAUAACAACACUUACAGUUGACCGGGGCAGCUCUAGCAGGGCAGAAAUUUGACAAACCACUUUGAAAUUCACUGAGCUCUUCAGUGAGGCCAUUCUACUGCCAAUGUUUGUCUAUGGAGGUUGCAUGGCUGUGUGCUCAAUUUGAUACACCUGUCAGCAACGGGUGUGGCUGAAAUUGCCGAAUCCACUAUUUUGAAGGGGUGUCCACAUACUUUUGUAUAUAUAGUGUAUCUAACUUGCUGUCUGUGUCUCUGACCCCCACAGCACUGUGCCUCUCAGUACUCUGAGCUGCUGGAGGCCACAGAGGCUCCAAAGUGAGUACACAAACACACACACUUUAUUGGAGUAUUCUGUUGCAUAGUCAGCACUCCAGCUGUCAUCAGAGCGGUUCCCACAGAGUGUAAUCAUGUGUCUGAUGCACGGUGCUGUUUCAGGCGUAAGCGUGGGGAGAAGGGUGAGGUGGUGGAGACCAUUGAGGACGUGAUCGUCCGAAGACUCACUGCCGAGAGGAUAGAAGAGCUGAAGAAACUACUGAGAGACACACAGGACAAAUACAGGUCAAUACACAUGGGCACUCUCGCUCACACACCCAUUCAACCUCUCACGCUGUCUUUCUGUUUCGCUCUCGAUCUUGCUAUCUCUCUCACAUUACACACACACACUCCCACUCUCACACGUUAAACCCAUCGCUCUCAAUGCAUAGCCAGUGUCUGUGUUCAAAGCCAUUGUAGAUGACAAUGUGAACUCUACUUCCUGCUCUAACAGGAAGCUGAAGAAGGAGGUGGAUCUGAUCCAGACCGGACAUCUGGACUCCCGGCUGGAGGAGCUGUGGACAGACGUAUCACAGUAAGAAACUGGUCUGUCUGUCUGUCCACCUGUCUGUCUCUUAGUGUAUGACUGCAUGCCUGUCUGUCCACCUGUCUCUCGGUUUGUGUCUGCAUGUCUGUCUGUCCAACAGUGUGUUUAUUUGUUGUAUGCACUACAUUGUGAUUCAUAGUGUACUUUCUGUACCAGAUUUAGCAGUGACGAUUGUGUUUAAAAUGGUUUUGUUUGGCAGGAAAAAGAAGCAGGAUGAGGACGAGGCAGAUCUUAAGAGGAAGGCCACAGAGACAGCCUAUCAGGGUAAGCUUUGGCCUAAUAAUAAUAAUCCAAAUGUUUGGGCACCACUGAUUGGACCAAUGAUUAGGCUCAGGAACUACUGUUAAUAGUAACCCCUCCUCUCUCUGGUCUCAGCUCGCCAAGCGGUUAAGAACACGCCCAAGCGGGUGCCCAGUGUCACUGUACGCUCCCCUCUGGGUGCCAGUCCCACGAGCAUGGAGGCACAGACAGACACCCCCACACCCCCAACAGACACAGCCAUGCCCCAGGCAGAGGAGCCCUCUGGCACCACUAUGGUAAGGGAAUGACCCAAGUACUGGUCAUCAUACGCGUGCUUUGUUAUUUUGUUUUGCUUUUUGUCUUCAACAGUUGUCCCUUGUUGACGUGUGUGUUGCUAGCAAAUGACAAGUGACUUGCGUAUUCUGUAUUCAAGCUCUGCCUUGCACUUCCAUCAGCGUGCAUGAAAUGGGUCAAAGACUGAUCAGUAUUGGAAGGAAUACAAUUGAAGUGCUGUGGUCUAUUAAAUGGAGGAGUAGUCAGUGAAUGUUUUUUUCCCCCCAAUCUGGCCACGUAGGCCCAGGGGGUGGCUGUGUUUCUACCAUCGUCGGAUGCUCCAAUGGUGGGGCCUAAGGAGGGAAGCCUGGGGUCUCUGGUUGACGACUCCCCACAGAAGAGGCUCCUCAGUCAGAAGUCCACACCACCUCCCUCCCCUCUCCUCUCAGAGCUGCUGAAGAAAGGAAGCCUGAUCUCUGCUAGCCCCAGACUGGUGAGAAAUACACAACAGAGAAAGUUGAGAGGGAUAAAAAAAUAAACUGAUGAUUUGCGGUAAUAAGGGAUGAAAUUAUUGAGUUAUAUUGGGUGGAUAUGUUUAAGGGAGAGGGUUCAGAUUAAGUUUGACUUCACAAGCUACUGGUGUUGGAAAUUCCUGUCUUAAUUGUAUCACUCUUGUUGCUGUAUACUCCUGAGUGGCGCAGUGGUCUAAGGCACUGCAUCGCAGUGCUAACUGUGCCACUAGAGAUCCUGGUUCGAAUCCAGGCUCUGUCGCAGCCGGCCGCGACCGGGAGACUCAUGGGCGGCGCACAAUUGGCCAGCGUCGUCCAGGGUAGGGGAGGGAAUGGCCGGCAGGGAUGUAGCUCAGUUGAUAGAGCAUGGCGUUUGUAACGCCAGGGUUGUGGGUUCGUUUCCCACGGGGGGCCAGUAUAUAAAAAUAAAAAUAAAAAAUAUAUAUAUAUAUAUAUAUAUAUGUAUAUGUGUAUUCACUAACUGUAAGUUGCUCUGGAUAAGAGCGUCUGCUAAAUGACUAAAAUGUAAAUGUAAAAAAUGAGAAUUUUCAUGCACCGCAGGAAAUGCAGAUGAGCUUCGUGAUUUACAUAAAUUCACUGAAAACCCACACUAACACAUGGUUAUAUUAAAGCGGCAAUCAGCAGUUGCUGCAUACAUUUUUUGACUUAUAAAUUAAUAAUUAUAUACCCAUUGAUUCUUGAAGAAUCUAACUUCUAAAUGCCUCAUGAGCUUAGUUCAACUGUCGUACCCCAUCAGAACCCCAAAUAGAAGCUUGUUUUACUCCAAUGUUUUUAAACAAUGUAAAUGUAAACAAACACUAUUAUAGACUAAAAAUUUGGUUCAAACUAUAAUUUUGACAUCAUGGAUGGUCAGUCCUUGCAUCCAUAGCACUGUCUAUGCAGUUUAGAGUGGUUACAUUUCUCCAGCCCCAUCCCUCAGCUUUUUACCGAAACAGUGGCGGGGGAGCAACUGCGAAUUGCCCCUUUAACAGUAUUGCACUUUUCAUGUAGCCUACUUUUGGCCAGCUAAUAGGCUAACCACAGAUCAAGCAACAUUAUGGACUGAACAUUCAAAUCCUGUUGCUACAGAAUUCUAUUGUUGUGACCAUAUAGGUCAAAUUAAGAUCCUACAUCUGUACCAAGCUGCUUCAAACAGUUGAAUCAGGGAUAUUGUGUGUUGAUGAUGUAAUAUAUCUGUGUCAGGUGGUGGAGGGGGAUGUUGCUGCUGCAGGACUGGCUAAUGGAGGACUUCCCACUGCAACCCUUACUAUCCCAGCAGGCCUUGAGGUCGCCAGCUCAGGUAACUAAGGCAACCGUGAUGUAACACUGCUUGCUAGCUGGCUGGAUGUUAUGUGUUUGCCUUGAUGUGUAUUUUAGGAUGCUAAGUUGAGUGCUAUAUGUGCUGGUGGGUGCUUCUGUGCUUUAAAUGUGUUAGAAGCAAAGUGUGUGUCUGUGUCCUUUUAUUAGAUUUACUUUGUUGUGUCCAAUGGAAACAGUGUCCCCACUGCCCAGGCCAGCCCUGCCCCACCCAACACAGGUUAAAACUGUCCCUCAUCUUUUUGUCCCUCCCUCCCACACUGUCUCAGUGUUUCUCUCUAAACCCAGCUGUCUCUCUCUUCCCUCUAGAAAAGGGAAGGAAUAUCUAUGUGAAGAGGAACACGCAUCUGAUAUCUACUCCCAGUGAGACCAGUGUACUAUUUGUGGUGACACGUGCUUCUUUUCUUUCUUUCUUUCUUUCUUUCUUUCUUUCUUUCUUUCUUUCUUUCUUUCUUUCUUUCUUUCUUUCUUUCUUUCUUUCUUUCUUUCUUUCUUUCUUUCUUUCUUUCUUUCUUUCUUUCUUUCUUUCUUUCUUUCUUUCUUUCUUUCUUUCUUUCUUUCUUUCUUUCUUUCUUUCUUUCUUUUGUGUGUUCAGUCGGAGAGGCAGGCUCAGAGGUGGUGAAGGCAGAGCUGGGUGAGGAGGUGGAGCUAGUGAAGGAGGUGGGGCUAGUGGAGGAGGACCUGGUAGCUGUUUCCUACAUGGAAGACGAGCUGGACCUGAAGACAGUGGAAGACCUCAUCACCAUCAUAGAGGAGAAGGUACAUAGUGUGUGUGCGUGGGGGGUGGGAUGCAGCUUUUGACCUAGAUAUCUCUGUAGUAAGCGGUCUUGUUUGUGCGCACUCAUCACAGUCCUCUCUCUCUCUCUCUCUCUCUCUCUCUCUGUGUAUAUUUCUCAGGUGGAUGACUCUGUGGAGGCUCUAGAUGCUGCAGCAGUGGAGGCUGCUCUCUCUCUCUGUGAGGAGGCUGUUUCUGCCAGCCACUCCCUCUCAGGCCCCUGGGAGGCCCAUGACUUGAAGGCCUCAGAGCCUGGGCCCACGGUUCAGUCUGACCCCACACAGGGGCUUCAGGGCGGGGUUGGGGCGGGAGCUAACCCUGGGGGCCUGGAGCCAGAGACAGAGAGUGGAAGGGGGGAAGCCAAGGAGGGGAAGGACUGUGAGGGAUUAGAAACAGUGGGGACGGACGUUGCUCCUUCUGUUGCCGCUGACGACAGCCUGGCAGGAAGUGAGGUCACAGAGGAGGGAGUUCUCGAGGUGGAAGGAAGCCUGAGCACAGCUGUGAAGACUGAGAAUGAGGAGUGGACCCAGCCGGAACCAAACACACCCUGCCUAGACUCAGAAGACAGCUCUGGAUCAGGGAAAGAGUCCAAGGUAAUUGUCCUCUUUUCAGUAACACACACACACAUACCUCUAACAGGUGCAGUUGAAUUAUCAUCUCUCCUUGUGUAUCUUUGUGUAGGAAGUGAAGGAUGAGGAUGGAGGGAGCGACGGGGAUCCUGAUGAAGGAAUGGAGAUGAAGGAGUGUGGAGAGGGGGAGGGGGAGGGGCCCUACCUAUCAGAAGUAGAACCGGCAGCCAGUGAGAGCGAGGAUGGCUAUGGCCCCUCCUCCCAACGCUACACCACAGCUGAUUCACUAGCCAGCAGCCCCGCCUCUUCUCAGUUGUAAGUGUCCAACCCUGGUCCUUGUAUCUAUGGCAACUCUUAACCUGAACAUGCCAUCACAAGCCUGAAUAAUGCAAGUCAACUCGACCCUAAAGAAUGCUUUUUGACCUCUCCCCAAGAUGAGGGGUGGUUUCUCUGUAGUAAGCUGUCUUGUGGACUUUUGUGCACUGUCAUCACAAUCAUACCUGUCUCUCUCCAUUGACCUCUCUCGCCCUCUAUCACUCACUCACCCUCCUGUCUCUCUCUCUCUCUCAGUUCGAUAUGUGGGGAGGAUCAGGAGGCCGUUCAGGCUCAGAAGAUCUGGAAGAAAGCCAUCAUGCUGGUGUGGAGAGCAGCAGCCAAUCACAGGUCAGCUCUUAGCCAUGUGCCCAAUAACAGCCAAUAUGUCUGAGGCACUGUGUAGUUUGCCUGAUCUGUUGUUGUUACCUAUGACAGGUACGCCAGUGUGUUCCUCCAGUCUGUGUCUGAUGACAUCGCCCCUGGUUACCACAGCAUUGUACACAGGUGAGAGUUCUAUAAGAGCAAACAGUUUGUGUUAUUAUAUGUUAUGUGCAUAUGAAAAUAAAAUAUAUAUAAACAAUGUAAGUACAUACUAACCAUCCCCUGUAAAACACACACACACACUCCUCCCUCACACAUCCACACACCCUUUCCCUCCAGACCCAUGGACCUGUCGGCCAUCAAGAAGAGCAUCGAGGCGGGUCAGAUCCGUACGACAGCGGAGUUCCAGCGUGACAUCAUGCUGAUGUUCCAGAACGCGGUGAUGUACAACAGCUCUGACCACGAUGUGUUCCACAUGGCCCUGGAGAUGCAGAGGGACGUUCUAGAACACGUGCAGCAGUUCCUGGCCACUCAGCUCAUCAUGCAGACCUCGGAGUCCUCCAUCUCCACCAAGAGCCUCAGAGGCCGCGAGGGGGGCCGCAAGCCAGGGGAGCCAGUGGAGAAGGUAAGGCUAGACUAGACACACACACACACACACACACACACCUCCGAGUCCAGCAUUGACACCAACGAGUCAAGACAUAUACAAUGUAUGCCAGACAGACUGUGUACCCAUCUCAUGCCCCAAUAAUCUUAUCUUGCCUCUCUCCUACCUCCCCGCCAUUACACUUCCUCUGUAGGAGCAUGGAGCCUCUGUCUGUCUCCCCUCUCCAUUACUACUGUCUGUCUAUCUGUCUGUCUACUGUCUCUCUCCUCUCCAUUACUACUGUCUGUCUGUCUACUGUCAAAUCAAAUCAAAUCAAAUCAAAUUUUAUUGGUCACAUGCGCCGAAUACAACAGGUGCAGACAUUACAGUGAAAUGCUUACUUACAGCCCUUAACCAACAGUGCAUUUAUUUUAAACAAAAAAGUAAGAAUAAAACAACAACAAAAAAGUGUUGAGAAAAAAAGAGCAGAAGUAAAAUAAAGUGACAGUAGGGAGGCUAUAUAUACAGUAAAAUAAAGUGACAGUAGGGAGGCUAUAUAUACAGGGGGGUACCGUUGCAUAGUCAAUGUGCGGGGGCACCGGCUAGUUGAGGUAGUUGAGGUAAUAUGUACAUGUGGGUAGAGUUAAAGUGACUAUGCAUAAAUACUUAGAGUAGCAGCAGCGUAAAAAGGAUGGGGUGGGGGGGCAGUGCAAAUAGUCCGGGUAGCCAUGAUUAGCUGUUCAGGAGUCUUAUGGCUUGGGGGUAGAAGCUGUUGAGAAGUCUUUUGGACCUAGACUUGGCACUCCGGUACCGCUUGCCGUGCGGUAGCAGAGAGAACAGUCUAUGACUAGGGUGGCUGGAGUCUUUGACAAUUUUGAGGGCCUUCCUCUGACACCGCCUGGUAUAGAGGUCCUGGAUGGCAGGGAGCUUUGCCCCAGUGAUGUACUGGGCCGUACGCACUACCCUCUGUAGUGCCUUGCGGUCAGAGGCCAAGCAGUUGCCAUACCAGACUGUCUGUCUCCCCUCUCCAUUACUACUGUCUGUCUACUGUCUGUCUCCCCUCUCCAUUACUAUUGUCUGUCUUUCUACUAUCUCUCCCCUCUCUAUUACUACUGUCUGUCUACUGUCUGUCUACUGUCUGUCUCCCCUCUCCGUUACUACUGUCUGUCUGUCUGUCUACUGUCUCCCCUCUCCAUUACUACUGUAUGUCUGUCUACUGUCCGUCUCCCCUCUCCGUUACUACUGUCUGUCUACGGUCUCCCCUCUCCAUUACUAUUGUCUGUCUGUCUACUAUCUCUCCCCUCUCUAUUACUACUGUCUGUCUACUGUUUGUCUCCCCUCUCUAUUACUACUGUCUGUCUGUCUGUCUCCCCUCUCUAUUACUACUGUCUGUCUACUGUCUGUCUCCCCUCUCUAUUACUACUGUCUGUCUGUCUGUCUCCCCUCUCUAUUACUACUGUCUGUCUACGGUCUCCCCUCUCCAUUACUACUGUCUGUCUACUGGCUCCCCUCUCCAUUACUACUGUCUGUCUACUGGCUCCCCUCUCAAUUACUACUGUCUGUCUACUGGCUCCCCUCUCCAUUACUACUGUCUGUCUGCUGUGUCUGUCUUACUGUUUGUACAAUGUUGUCUUGUUUGUCUGACUGUACUUGUUUGUGUUGUUUACUCUGGGUGUGUGUGUGCGGAGCGUAAGUGUGACAGUGUGUACAAGGGGUAAAUGUCACUGUGUGUGUGUGGGUCUCUUUUCUCACUAACUGUUUGUCCUCCUACAGGACAGUGUCCCAAUGGCUUCUCCCGCUUUCCUUCUCUCUCUCUUUGUAAGUAUUCAGGUCGAAGGUCACAACUCACCAGAUCAAGCCAAGCGCACGCUCUGUUUCUCCGUCACACACAUCUCACACUCACAAACGCAUAAAACACCAGUUUGCUACUCACACUGACUAUAGUAAAACAUUCAAAAUGCAUACACCCACCUCUCAUAUUAACAAACACAACCGUCACCAAGUUUUUGACCUUCGGUAUUUGAUUCUUAAAUGGACCCAUCCUGGUUGUGUGUGUACGUGCGUUUGUUCAUUUAUCGCCAUAUGCCUUUUUUUUAUGUAUCCAGUGGUUGUCUUCAACUUCUUUCUUUGCAUGUCUCUUCUAGUCCAUAGUUUUUAUUUCUUCCGUUUUUCCGUCCUAUAAUCUUUUUUUUUUUUUCAUUUCAUCUGGCGGGCAGCAGAGAUCAUCUUGUUUUAAACGGGCCAUCCAGGAGCCAUCGCUGGGUUUCCAACCUGGUGUCGGACUGACCUUUCACCUCUAACCUCACCCAACCUCUCUUCCCUGCAGGACGGGGGCACCAGAGGGCGCCGCUGUGCUAUUGAAGCAGACAUGAAGAUGAAGAAAUAACCGGAGUCAAAAGUCAGGGUGCCAACAGGCCAGAGGUUCAAAGAGACUUGAUGUAGGGAUUGGACGAUUUAACCAAGAGAAUGUUUGGUGGAGUUGUUACUGUUCUGUGAAGUCGGUUGUUUGAGUUUAAUCAGAGUUUUCGGUUCGCUGUCUGUGUCAGAGAUAGGGCUGCAGUCCUCUGGUAUUCUCCUCUCCAGGCCAUUUCUGAUUUAUCGUUGUGUACAGUUUAACUAACUUAAGUCUAUGAUUUGCAUUUGAAGCCAGUACACUAGAUAUCAGACAUAAUUAUGUUCCCGAUUGACAGUUGCCACUGGUAACCAGCAGACACUGCAGCCCUGGAGGACUGAAUCUGUUUUACCACUGCAGUAAAACUAAAGUACUAGUGACUGGCUGACUUGGGGCCCCAUUGUGUUUUAGGAUGUAGCCAACUGCAAAAUAUCCUGCAAGGAAUCAUGAUGAGUGUCUACUGUAUGUUAGUGGGAGUACAAAAAAGUAGUACCUGAGUGUUGAACUUCAUGUACAGUUUGUUUUUCAUUUCAGUGUGUUUUGUUGUUCAACUGUUUAUUAAAGAGUAAGAAAAUUGC